UUCACAACUCUCCUCGAACAAACAACUCUUAUCUUUCAUUUCUACAAUCUUGUCCCCAAUGGGUCGAAUCUUGAAUCCGACAGUGUUACUCACCGUUCUGGUUUUAACAUUGGUCGGAACAGCUUACUCGGGUAGCUUCAACGAAGAGUUCGACUUAACUUGGGGUGAACACAGAGGCAAAAUCUUUAGUGGAGGGAAGAUGUUGUCACUGUCACUAGACCGGGUUUCCGGGUCGGGUUUUAAGUCCAAGAAAGAGUAUUUGUUCGGACGAAUCGACAUGCAGCUUAAACUCGUCGCCGGUAACUCUGCCGGAACCGUCACUGCCUACUACUUGUCGUCUGAAGGACCAACACAUGACGAGAUAGAUUUUGAGUUUCUUGGUAAUGAAACAGGGAAGCCUUAUGUUCUUCACACUAAUGUAUUUGCACAAGGCAAAGGAAACAGAGAACAACAGUUUUAUCUCUGGUUCGACCCAACUAAGAACUUCCACACUUACUCUCUUGUCUGGAGACCUCAACACAUCAUAUUCAUGGUAGAUAAUGUUCCGAUCAGAGUAUUCAACAACGCAGAGAAACUUGGUGUCCCGUUUCCCAAGAACCAACCAAUGAAGAUAUACUCAAGCCUAUGGAAUGCAGAUGACUGGGCUACUAGAGGUGGUUUGGUUAAGACAGAUUGGUCUAGAGCUCCUUUCACAGCUUACUACAGAGGAUUCAACGCUGCGGCUUGUACUGUUUCUUCAGGUUCAUCUUUCUGUGAUCCUAAGUUCAAGAGCUCGUUUACUAAUGGUAAAUCUCAAGUGGCUAAUGAGCUUAAUGCUUAUGGGAGAAGAAGAUUGAGAUGGGUUCAAAAAUAUUUCAUGAUUUAUGAUUAUUGUUCUGAUUUGAAAAGGUUUCCUCAAGGAUUCCCACCAGAGUGUAGGAGGUCUAGAGUCUAAAUAAUGUUUUGUUGUUGUUUAGUGAAAAAUUCUCUUUGUUGUUUUUCUUUAAAUAAAAUUGAUUUGAUUA